AUGGAGGGCCAUGGCGAGGGUUCGGGGCCCUGGGCGCUGGGGCUGCUGCGGACCUUCGAGGCGUCCGAGUUCGCGGGCUGGGAGAAGGUGGGCUCGGGGGGCUUCGGGCAGGUGUACAAGGUGCGUCACGUCCACUGGAAGACAUGGCUGGCCAUCAAGUGCUCGCCCAGCUUGCACGUCGACGACAGGGAGCGGCUGGAGCUGCUGGACGAGGCCAAGAAGAUGGAGCUGGCCAAGUUCCGCUAUGUGCUGCCCGUCUACGGCAUCUGCCGUGAGCCCGUGGGGCUGGUGAUGGAGUUCAUGGAGACGGGCUCGCUCGAGAGGCUGCUGGCCACGCAGCCGCUGCCCUGGGAGCUGCGUUUUCGCAUCGUGCACGAGACGGCCGUGGGCAUGAACUUCCUGCACUGCAUGGCACCGCCGCUGCUGCAUCUGGACCUCAAGCCGGCCAACAUCCUGCUGGACGCCCACUACCAUGUCAAGAUUUCUGACUUCGGCCUGGCCAAGUGCAGCGGCCUGUCACACUCCCAUGAGCUCAGCAUGGACGGGCUGUUCGGUACAGUGGCCUACCUGCCGCCCGAGCGCAUCCGCGAGAAGAGCCGCAUAUUUGACACCAAGCAUGAUGUCUACAGCUUUGCCAUCGUCAUCUGGGGGAUCCUGACCCAGAAGAAGCCGUUUGCGGACGAGAAGAACAUUCUGCACAUCAUGGUGAAGGUGGUGAAGGGCCACCGCCCCGAGCUGCCGCCGCUCAGCCGGGCCCGGCCUCGUGCUUGUGGCCGCCUCCUGCAACUCAUGCAGCGUUGCUGGCACGGGGACCCUCAGGAGCGCCCCUCCUUCCAAGAGAUCACGUCCGAGACCGAGGGGCUAUGUGAGAGACCGGACGAAGAGGGGCCGGAGACCACCCAGGACCCAGAGGGAAGGAGCCCGCCGGAAACCAGGAGUGAGGUGAGGACUGCCCGUCUGCCUCGGGCCUCGGCACCACCCCUGGAUGAGGACCGCAGCCUGGCAGAGCUGUUGUCACAGCUGGACUCAGGCAUCUCGCAGAGCCUGGAGGGCCCCGAGGAGUUGAGCCGCAGCGCCUCCGAGUCCCAGCUCCCGUCCGGGUCGGGCAGCGGCAGCAGCGGCAAGAGGCUUUCGGGGCUGUCGUCGGUGGACUCUGCCUUCUCUUCCCGAGGCUCCCUAUCUCUGUCCUUUGAGCGUGAGCCUUCGAGCAGCGAUCUGGGAGCCACGGACACGCAGAAGAGGAAGCUGGUGGAGGCAGUGCUGAGCGGGGACACGGGGCGGCUGAUGAAGCUGCUGCAGCCGCAGGACGUGGACCUGGUGGUGGACGGCGGUGCCAGCCUGCUGCAUCUGGCCGUGGCUGCGGGCCAGGAGGACUGUGUCAAGUGGCUACUGCUCAACAACGCCAACCCCAACCUCACGGACCGUCGGGGGGCCACCCCGCUGCACGCCGCCGUGGCCAAGCGAGAGCGUGGUGUCCUGGAGCUGCUGCUGGCCCGCCGGCUGAGCGUCAACGCGGCUGACGAGGACCGCUGGACAGCGCUGCACUUCGCUGCGCAGAAUGGGGACGAAGGCAGUGCUCGGCUGCUGCUGGAGAGAAACGCAGCCGUGAACGAGGCAGAUGCCGAGGGCCGCACGCCGCUGCAUGUGGCCUGCCAGCAUGGCCAGGAGGCCGUGGUCCGCGUGCUGCUCCGGCGUGGUGGUGACGUGGGUCUGCGGGCCAAGGGCGCGUGGCUGCCCUUGCACUACGCCGCCUGGCAGGGCCACCUGCCCAUCGUGCGGCUGCUGGCCAAGCAGCCCGGGGUGAGCCUGGACGCCCAGACGCAGGACGGCAGGACGCCCCUGCACCUGGCCGCGCAGCGUGGCCACUACCGCGUGGCCCGCAUCCUCAUCGACCUGCGCUCCGGCCUGGACGUGCGGACCCGGCUGGAGCAGACGGCGCUGCAUGUGGCGGCCGAGACGGGCCACACCAGCACCGCACGGUUGCUUCUGAACCGCGGGGCGGACCGGGAGGCGGUGACAGACGAGGGCUGCACCGCCUUGCACCUGGCCGCCCGCCACGGCCACCUGGCCACGGUCCGGCUGCUUCUGGAGGAGCAGGCCAACGUGCUGGCCCGGGGGCCACAAAACCAGACGGCGCUGCACCUAGCCGCUGCUGCGGGCCAUGCCGACGUGGUGGAAGAGCUGGUGCGGGUGACCGAGGGGCUGGGCCUGGCUGAGCUGGACCUCGGGCAGCUGUUGUCUUCCCGGGCCACGUGGGGCCGGCCCAACACCACCGCGGCGGAGACCCUCAACAGACGCGUCCGGCCACGCGGCCCUGCACCCCUGCUGCGGAGAAGCAAGACUUAG